CGAGUGCGCGCACGGCGCGCCACCGGGCCAGGUGUAGUUGUAAUCCGCAAGCGCUCGAGCCGCGCAGCAUCAAAAACGUCGCGCGCCGUACUGGUGUCUGGUGCAUGCAUGCACGCGGAGGCACAAAUGCAGGCAAUAUAACAAAGGGAAGAAAGACAACACACGCACCAGGAGGAUGCGCGCUGGCAUGUCAGGUCGUGCAUGGAGCUGGUGAAAGAGUGCCCCUGGGAGAACACACGAACAGACAACGAUGUCGGAGCAGGUAUACGGCUUGACUUUAUCCGCUGCGCCCCCACUGCGCCGAGGGAGCACCCCACUCCCGAUCAAGCACUUGCUCAGGCGGGAGGAAGCGGUCACCGAAGAUUACGAUUGGACGCCAGGGCUUGAUGAGCCUUCCACUCCAUCACUCGGGACCAGCGAUGCUCAGGACACGCCACUUCUUCUUAAGGCCCCAGAGCAGAAGUACCACGGGCCUCUGCGGAUCGUCCUGUUGGGGCAGAACGGAGUGGGCAAAUCGUCUCUGGCCCUCUCUCUGGCCGGUCUAUCAGACAGAUCGCUUUCAGUAGACUCGGAAACGCAAGCAAGCGAUGAGGGAUAUCUUCGACGGGUGACUAUAGAUGAUGAGGAUAGCUCAAUCUUGGUGUAUGACAACUGGAAGCAGGACCUCUCGGCGCUCCAGUGCGAGGUGUGCUUACUGGUGUUCUCGAUGACGGAUCGCCGUAGUUUCCACCGCGUGUCGCAACUGCGCUUGCUGCUGAAAGAGAGCCACCCCAACACUCCCAUCAUCCUCGUGGGCAACAAGAGUGACCUGGUGCGCUCUCGUGAGAUCAGCACAGAGGAAGCCCAUUCCCACGCCAUGAUGUUCGACUGCGUCUUCCUGGAGCUCUCGGUCUCUCUGGAUCACGGCACUAACGAGCUCCUGGAGACGGCGGUCAGGGCCGCCCGGGGCCACAGCCUAGGACCUGGCUGGACCGAAGGAUCCCCCGGAGGCGGUCGUCGUGAAAGCCUUACCAGCAAGGCCAAGCGUUUUCUGUCAGGGCUGGUGCCGCGCUCACAUCAUGGCCGCGAGCGUAUCCGCGAGCAGGAGCGCCACAGAGGCAGCCGAAUGCUGCGGCAGAAAUCACGCUCCUGCCAUGACCUCAGUGCGCUGCUGUAGAGGGGAAGGAUUCGUAACUGUAGACAGUGCAUAGGACUUGUCAGGUUAAAUCCAGAAAAAGCUGUUAUAAUGUUUUGUUUUGGCAUCUGUUAUAUGUGGCAGUCUGGGAAAAAAAAAACAGUCUGUAUUCUGAAAAACCAAAGUUUUUAAUUCUGCUUGUAAUAUAUAUUAUUAUAUUAGGACACAACUUUUUCCAGCCAUAUGUAAUUAUUCACCGAACUGUUUCCACAAAGUUCGAGAAACACAAUUGUACGUAUAAAACAUCUUUAUAAUGUGGUAGCGUGAAAUAUUCCCUUCAAUCUUUCCCCUCACUGGGAGUCUCAAACCUGUUCCAGCAUGACAGUGUCUCAAAGCCAGCUCCAUGAAGGUAUCUACAUGGCUUGGAGUGAGUGGAAGAUCUUGAGUGGCCUUCUAUUAAGCUCUAACCUCAAGCCCUUUGAAUGCCUUCGAGAUCCUCACCUUAACUAUUUCACUACCUGACUAUAUUAAACCCCCCCCUUCUGGCUGAAUGACCACAAAUCUCCACAAACACACUUCAAAUGUUGGUGGAACAUCCUCCCUAAAGAGUGGAAGGGUAGUAUAAGAGCAAAUGGGGACUCAAUUUGGAAUGGGAUGUUCACAAAGCACAUCAAUCUUAAGGUCAGUUGUCCAUUGUCCACAAACAUUUGUGCAUAGAUUUUACAGUUAGAAUCAGAAACCCUGACCCCGCCUGAUAAAAAGGCAACAGAAAUGAUUUUUUAUUUAUCUCAGGUGAUGACACAUGUAGACGAUGGCAAUAAAUAAAGCGAGAACUCAUUUAUGGUUGCAAAUCUAUAGUCCUUAGCUCAUAGAUCAGGCUAUAACCGUAGAAGUACGUAUGCACAAUGUCUGUCAGUCGGCUUAGACCAGAAGCUUUAAACGCUUUAAAAUGAAUUUUUCCCUAUUUCCAAUUUUACGAGGCUUUUCGAAGGCUACACCUUCGAGACGUGCGCAAACAAACAGUCGGAAAGAAAAAAUAUCAAGGAGUUUCCCAGGCUGCCACACCUAUAUAUAUGUAUAUAACAACAGACUUCCAGGGUGUUUUAAAGUUUAUUAUUAAUAU